AGCCGAAGUUGGACACUUAACCAACUGAGCCACCCAGACCCUGCAUGUGGCCUUUUUAAAUAUGUGUUUGAGACAGAGUGAAUGUAGAAGCUCAAAAUGCCUGGACGAUUUCUGAUUUCUGUCCCUCCUUUUCCUGCCCUUUGGCCCCACUGCCUGAUUCGGAUGAUGUGAUAUUCAGAGGGACACCUUAAUCGAAGUCAUCCUUCGGAGAGACACUUCUGGCCAAAGACCGUGUCCACACCAUUCAGGAUGGCCAGUCAGCCGCCGGAAGAUGGGGCAGACUCUCAGGUCUCCGAUGAGCUCGAGUGUAAGAUCUGUUACAAUCGGUACAACCUGAAGCAGAGGAAACCCAAAGUGCUGGAGUGUUGUCACAGGGUCUGUGCCAAAUGCCUCUACAAGAUCAUAGACUUUGGGGACUCCCCGCAAGGCGUCAUCGUCUGCCCUUUCUGCAGGUUUGAGACCUGCCUGCCGGAUGAUGAAGUCAGCAGCCUGCCGGAUGACAACAACAUCCUGGUAAACUUGACUUGCGGAGGCAAAGGCAAGAAGUGCCUGCCAGAAAACCCUACCGAGCUGCUGCUGACCCCCAAGAGGCUGGCGUCUCUCGUCAGCCCUUCUCACGCUUCCUCCAACUGCCUGGUCAUAACCAUCAUGGAGGUGCAGAGAGAGAGCUCCCCGUCUCUGAGCUCCACUCCUGUGGUCGAGUUCUACCGGCCUGCAAGUUUCGACUCUGUCACCACCGUGUCCCACAACUGGACCGUGUGGAACUGUACAUCCCUGCUGUUUCAGACAUCCAUCCGGGUGCUGGUUUGGCUGCUGGGUUUGCUCUACUUCAGCUCCUUACCCCUAGGGAUCUACUUACUCGUGUCUAAGAAGGUCACCCUCGGGGUCGUCUUUGUCAGCCUUGUCCCUUCGAGCCUUGUCAUCCUCAUGGUGUACGGUUUCUGCCAGUGCGUUUGUCACGAGUUUCUAGACUGUGUGGCCCCUUCUUCUUAACCGAUGUGCAAACCAGGAAAUUUGACACCCGUUGCCACCUUUGAAGUUAGGUCACUUAUCAUUUGUUUAUUUUGUAUUUCUCUGUGAGGAGUGUCUGUGACCUUAACGAAGCCGUUGGCCAAAUGUUUGUGGUCUCUUUUUCCACCGAUAUCUGGACUCCGUCGGUUUUCCUGUAUGCUGGACAUAAACACGUUCAUUUCUACUUAGGGGUUGGCAAAGACGCAGAAAUGUAGGAGCUAAGCCUUCCUAGAGCUCUUCCGGGGAGUCUUCCCCCAGAAAUGGCCAAGAUCUCCCCCAGCCCUGCUAGACAGGCCCCAGGGGCGAGGGGUCAGGCUGUAGUAAGGUCUUUGUAGAUGGCUAGGGAUGAACGAUUUCUCUCGUAAUCCUUGAUAAUCUGUGGUGCAGGGUAGACACGAGAGGAAAGCUGUUCUGAGACACAGCCGCUUAAAAAGUGUGACUCCCCCUGCGCGCCCCCCUCCCCCCCGCGCGCCCCCCUCCCCCCGGCCUCUCCUCCCACACCUGGUUGUUGACGUUCCCUGGAAUCUUCAGGUGUUUUGUCUCGAAGUUAAGGCCACUGUCUGCGGUCUGCUGCCCCAGUGAGGGGCUUGUUCCCUGUGCACAAGCCCCUUUGCCAAGAGCGAAUCGGCCUCGUGCCCUUGUGCGGUUUCUU